AUGGCUGACGCCGCUCCCCGUGGACGUGGAGGAUUCGGAUCUCGCGGUGACCGCGGUGGUGACCGUGGCCGUGGCCGUGGCCGCCGUGGACGUCGUGGUGGCGCGAAGGAGCAGGAGAAGGAAUGGCAGCCCGUCACCAAGCUCGGCCGUCUCGUCAAGGCUGGCAAGAUCACCAGCAUGGAGCAGAUCUACCUGCACUCCCUGCCCGUCAAGGAGUACCAGAUUGUGGACUUCUUCCUCCCCAAGCUCAAGGAUGAGGUCAUGAAGAUCAAACCCGUCCAGAAGCAGACCCGUGCCGGUCAGCGUACCCGCUUCAAGGCUGUCGUUGUCAUCGGUGACUCCGAGGGCCACAUCGGUCUCGGUAUCAAGACCUCCAAGGAAGUCGCUACCGCCAUCCGUGCCGCCAUCACCAUCGCCAAGCUGAGCGUUCUCCCCGUUCGUCGCGGUUACUGGGGUACCAACCUCGGUGAGCCUCACUCUCUGCCCGUUAAGCAGAGCGCCAAGUGUGGUUCCGUCUCCGUCAGACUUAUCCCCGCUCCCCGCGGUACCGGUCUCGUUGCCUCCCCCGCCGUCAAGCGUCUCCUCCAGCUUGCUGGUGUCCAGGACGCCUACACCUGCUCUUCCGGCUCCACCAAGACCCUCGAGAACACCCUCAAGGCUACUUUCCUUGCCGUCGUCAACACCUACGGCUUCCUCACCCCCAACCUCUGGAAGGAGACUAAGCUCAUCCGCAGCCCUCUUGAGGAGUUCGGUGAUGUCCUGCGCCAGGGCAAGAAGUACUAG